AACACACAAAAAAAGGAACUCCACUUUUUUCCACACCAUACCGCACCAUGUUUAGAGCCAUGAGCACUAGGAAAAUUCAUGGUGGCUACGAAAAGCUCGGCGACGAAGAAGCGAGACUGAAGAGGGUCUCUAGCGUUCCAGCGAGUGUUUAUGGUCAAUCAAGAAACCCUGUUCAAGAGUUGAAGAAGACACCGACGGUGAAACCAACCGGUGGUUCUGUUCAUCCUUUGUUGAGUUUCUUUGACGUUCAUUUUCAAAGGAAGAAGAAGAAGACAACGAAGAAAAAGAGUUUAGCGACGGCGAAACCGGAGUUUGCUAGGUAUUUGGAGUAUGUGAAGGAAGGAGGUGUGUGGGAUCCGAGUUCUAACGCACCUGCGAUUCAUUACAGAUAGAUUCGUCAAGGAAAAUGAAUAAAAGAUUUGUAUAUCG